AUGUUGGUGCCAGACACUUCCCAGCCCCAUGAUCCAGCGACCUAUGUCGCCAGACUGCGUUCCUAUUUUUCAAAUCUUCCGCCCAUGGUUCCGAGGAAACAUUCUCCACCAUCCCAUCUCCCACCGGAUAUGGAUACUUGGUCGCAUGUUUUUGUUCAGGACGACUCUGUCAAGGGAUCUCUUGUUUCUCCUUAUAAAGGACCUUUCCGUGUGCUUUCUCGCACACCUAAGGUUUUCACCAUUGAAAUGAAUGGUCAUACGGAGACCGUUUCCGUGGACCGACUGAAAAAAGCAUAUUUUGAGGCGUCUUCAUCUCUUGAUUAUACCGUUGCCACACCUACCUAUGCACCUUUAACAACACCUUCACCUUCACAGACACCUUUGCCUUCACCGGCUCCCACAACAACACCUUCGCCGUCAACGGGUGCCCCGAGCACACCGUAUAUUACAAGAUCGGGCAGAACAGUACAUUGGCCCAAGAAACUCUCAAAGACAAUUUAUAUUUGA